AACAUCGGCUAUGGAGUAGCUCAGAGUUCCGAAGGUACCGGCUGUGGGUAGUAGAACUGGGCUGUUACUUAGAAAUAUACCUGCUCUGUAAGUAGCGGAGAGGAGAGGCUGGAGUGUAGGAACUAAAGGAGGAGCCAAUUGCUAUCAAUGAAAGUGGAAAAUAGAUGCACUCUGCCUCACAUUGCCAUUGCCACACACACACAUAUUCUCCUGGAGUACAACUGGAUUCCACGGAGCACUGAGGCACAACACAGCAACCAAGUGCCCGUGCCAGGAGCAUGGAGACAGAUGUAAUGCACAGCAGUCAUUAAAGAGAUGACUCCUCUGGACCUCGUCAAGGGAUUACCAUAGGAACGGCAGAUUCAUAAAUAUAUGGAUUGUUUAGAAGAUGAAUUUCUGAGAAGUGUUGUCAGUUCCAACUCGGCUUGAAGUCUCCUGCUAUGUCUGCGAAAGCCUUUGCCAUGAACACGACCAACGUCUUCUCUGUCCAGGCUGUCCUGGCGAACGCCACUCUGGAUCCGAACGAGACACUUUUUCUCAGCAACCUCAGCAGGAUCGGAUUCUGUGAACAAGUCUUGAUAAAGACAGAGGUCUUUUUAACCCUUGGGAUCAUCAGUUUGCUGGAGAACAUCCUUGUGAUCCUUGCCAUACUAAAAAAUAAAAACCUCCACUCGCCCAUGUACUUUUUCCUCUGCAGCCUGGCCGUGGCUGACAUGCUGGUCAGCGUGUCCAAUGCCCUCGAGACAAUUGUAAUUGCCAUUCAGAACAAGUACUUGGUCAUCGGGGACUACCUGCUGCAGCAUCUGGAUGACGUCUUUGACUCUAUGAUCUGCAUUUCUUUAGUAGCCUCUAUAUGUAACCUCUUGGUAAUUGCUAUCGACCGGUAUAUCACCAUAUUUUAUGCCCUGCGCUACCACAGCAUCAUGACUGUGAAAAAAGCGAUAGCCUUAAUCGUGGUCAUCUGGACAUCGUGUAUCAUUUGCGGCAUUGUGUUCAUUGUCUUCUCCGAAAGCAAAACCGUCAUAGUGUGUCUCAUCACCAUGUUCUUCACCAUGCUGGUCCUUAUGGCCACCAUGUACGUGCACAUGUUUUUGUUUGCGCGGCUGCACGUGAAACGGAUCGCUGCCCUCCCAGUGGACGGCGUGGUCCAGCAGCGCACGUGCAUGAAGGGAGCUAUUACCAUCACCAUACUUCUUGGAGUCUUUGUUGUCUGUUGGGCACCAUUCUUUCUCCACCUCAUCCUGAUCAUUUCAUGCCCCUCCAACUCCUAUUGUGUCUGCUACACGUCCUACUUCAACACAUACCUCAUACUGAUCAUGUGCAAUUCUAUCAUCGACCCUCUUAUCUAUGCUUUCCGCAGUCUGGAGAUGCGGAAAACCUUCAAAGAAAUCAUAUGCUGCUAUGGCAUGAAUUUCGGGAAAUGUGGAUAGGGUUAGAUCUUUUAAUUGGAUGGGGAGGGAGGUAUUUGGCCAUGAAGACCCAUUAAUGGUUUGGGAUGACCACCUUGCUCAAGAACUCUUUACUGUAUGGAGUGUGCCAAUGGAUUCACAACAUGCUGCACUUUGUAGUACUUCAUUUAUAUAUGUAUAUAAGAUAUCUGGGUAAGUGCCCUAGACUAAAUGAUAUUGUGAAAUAAGGGUGCAAUACCCGACAAUGUGAUCCACCCAACCCUUCUACACCCAGUGAUAUUUAGGUGGGAUGGGGGUCUUUAUUUUUCUAUAUUUAAAUGAUGUCAGCUAUAAAGGACAGGGAAGAGUUAUUUAUUUUUAUGAGAUGAUUGGAGUUAAAUGUAGUUCCUAACACACGUUAACACCACCCUUUUUAAAGGGGAACUCUUAUGAAAUCAAAUUGAGUAGUGCAGAAAAAUUCUAAACUUAUAAAGAGUUAAAUGCAACUUUGCUUUUUCUGCUGGGAGCUCAUGUUUGGUGAAUGCCAGACAUAGGUCCCUCUGGGUCCUGCAGAAGCUCACUCGCCUUACACAGCGUCUGGACAUUUCUAAACAUACGGUUGCAGAAGGAAGCUGACCUUCGAAGAGAGAAGACAGGGUGUAUAAACAGCAUCAUUUCAAGUGUCAGCUUGUGUGAAAUAGUCAGAAAAACUACAUUUAACUCUUCAUAGGACUCUGUAAUACAUAAAGCAAUGUCUCCUGAAAUAUCCCCACCUCAACCUUCCCCCCCAAAAAAUGGCAUUUGUGGUAGUUUGUGUGUGUGUGUGUGUGAUAUGUCACUGGGAUGUAUAUAAAUGCAGAUAUAUAUAUAUGAUGUGACAGGUAGUCUCAUGUAAAACACUGUUGGCUAGAAUGUUGUAAACAUCACAAUAUCAGAUCAAAGGCAGGAACAGCUGGGAAGCUUUCAGUUGCCCCAAAUGAAUUAAGCUUGAAAAAGUGCCUCGUGUUUAUUAGGAUUAAUGAAGAUGCAGAACUGGUUCAUUGCUGUGAACUGUGUGUACAUGUAAUGCCUGAAAGAACCAGGCAAAAUAAAGCCCAGAACGGAAGAGUCCAACAACCUUUUUAAUAUAGUUUACCUUCAAAGAUAUGUCAUUCAAAUACUAAUUAGACAUAAGACAUGUUGAGACUACCAUCAAUUAAUUGCUACAGACUAAACAAAGGGUUUAAAUUCAUGAUAGUCUCUGGACAGAUCUGACUUUGUUCAAGAAGGGACAUUAUUUCAUGAUGGGACUUUAUUUCAUGAUGGGACUGAAGUCAAGGUGGGACCUCCAUUUAAGGUGGGACUUUAUUUCAAGUUUCAGCCUGAUGAGACUUUUUUGAUCUUAUUUCAUGAUAGUACUUUAUUCAAUGGUGAUAUUUUAUUUCACGAUGAGACUAAAGUCAAGAUGGGACUUUAAUUCAAGGUGGGACUUUAUUUCAAGUUUCAGCCUGAUGAGACUUUUUUUUUUAUCUUAUUUCAUGAUAGUACUUUAUUAAAUGGUGAUAUUUUAUUUCAUGAUGAGACUGAAGUCAAGAUGGGACUUUAAUUCAAGGUGGGACUUUAUUUCAUGUUAAAACCUGAUGGGACAUUUUUCUGAUGGGACUUUAUUUUAUGAUGAGACCAAAUGGGACCUUAGUUCAUGGACUUUAGGUCAAAUGGGACAUUAUGGCAUGAAGGGACUUUAUUUCAUAAUGGGACUUUCUUUCAAGAAGGGACCUUAUUAAAUGCAACUCAGGGUCAGAUAAUAAUUUAUCAGUCCGAUCCGUCGGCGUUACCGUUCAACUUCUGACUGGACUACAUGAGAUAUCAAUGGUUUCAUUAGACUGUUGCCACUGAAAAGUCAAUCAUUAUCCACAAAAAAAGUUUUUUGAAGAAGUGGGUGCUACAAUGUCCGUGUCAGAUUUGGAGGGAUACAACGGUACCGGGGAGCCACGAACACAAACUAUUGGACACCAAAUAACAAUGACAAAACUGUGAUAAACUUAAUUUUCUAAUAUGACAGGUCCCACGCCAUCGUGGGGUUUCAGGGAAUACGGCAGCCGUCUUAAACGCAUAUGAACACUACAAAAAGUUUUAUUUAAACUGUGAAAUGUUUACACAAACUAACGGAGCAUUACAGAGCUACGGGAGACCUAGCAUGGCGCCCGGCGCCUCCUGUGACCUAACCAGUCAGACACACUAAAAUGGGAACUGCCUUCUGUUCUGGAUAGCAACGAGCAAGCACAUCUGGGGCGUAAGACCUGACUGUGGGGGCAGUUCCAAUAUGAAUGUACAGAAUUCUAUUUACAGACAAAUUAGCAGAUGAAGUGUUCGGACAGAUCCAUUCACUGUGAUGUGGUAUGGAUGAACAUAAAAGUGGCGGUGAUGGAAUCGGCACUUAAGGGUAGUUUACAGCAUCUAUAUACAUACUAACUGUCAACCAAGUUUUUUGGGCGGUUUUUGUCAUGUGAGUGGCUGAUUACAGUAUCGCUAUAUCUGAUCACCGCUUCGCCUUCGCUAAUAAAAAACAAAAAAAAAAAAAACAAAAACAGAAAACUCUUCAAGGGCAGGGUUUUUUAGAGAUGUUUCUCAAUUAAUUCAUAUUUGUGACAGAUGCUUUACAAGAAAACAAGGGGUCAGUUCCAGCCUGCACAUGGGCCCCUUGUAUACUCUGUAUCCUAAACAAUGUCAGAAUUUUGUAAAAACGGUUCUGCGUUUUACUACUAUGUCCUAAUCCUUUUAUUUCCUAUAAAAGGGCCACUAUACCAAAAUUCUAUUCCAAAACUGUCCUUAUUACAGGGAAAUACCUAUGCUGCCAUAGUUUUAUGGUAUCUCUCUGUACAGGCUAUGAGCAAACUUAGGGGGCUGUUCCUGCUGAAUUGUGCUUAGUACAGGGGAAUACCUAUGCUGCCAUAGUUUUAUGGUAUCUCUCUGUACAGGCUAUGCGCAAACUUAGGGGGCUGUUCCUGCUGAAUUGUGCUUAGUACAGGGGAAUCCUUAUGC